AUGUUCUGGCGUUUUGGGGGAUAUGCAAGUAUCUCCACCAUCGAUACCCUACUCGACAAGCCUGAGGUCACCCUCGAGGACCUGCUGGAUGAGCCGGAGAUUAUCCAGGAGCUGAAACAGCAUAAUACGAAACUCAUAGAAUUCCUACGCGAGGAUCAUGUCUUGAAACGGCUUAUGGACUAUGUCACUGCACCAAGCUUGGUGAAUGACGACGAAGAAAAUGACGACGAUGCCCAUGAAUCGGGCGCUAUGAAGGAAGAAGGCGCCGAGUCUGCGUCAAACGAAAAGACAGACAACGAAGGCGACGAUGAGAAGGAAGAGAAGGGAUCUGAUCCGCUGAAGGGUGUGCUUGACUCCGAUGACCUUGAAAGAGUCGAGAAGAGCCGCUUGAAGCAUGCGUAUGUUGCGUGCGAGGUUCUUUCUUCGGAAACAUGGUCCAUUCUGGAGUCCAUGAUGGCAAAUACCGCUUAUCUGCGCGACUUCUGGGGCUUCCUGCGACGACCCCCGCCUCUCGACUCCAUACAGGCCUCUUAUUUUACUAAAGUGAACGAGACCCUACUCGAUAAAAAGACCGAGGAGAUGCUGGAUUUCUUGAAGUCGCUGGAUGGAAUUGUUACCGCACUACUGCAGCAUGUCGAUAACCCUAUGGUCAUGGAUCUGCUGCUGAAGAUCAUCAGCUUGGAAAAGGCCGAGGGCGGGCAAGGCACCGUAGAUUGGCUGCAGUCUCAGGACCUGAUCCCGACUCUGCUGUCAUUCCUUGCACCCGACUACCCAGGCUCCGUGCAAACCUCUGCUGGCGACUUCCUCAAAGCGAUCAUCACGAUCUCCGCGAAUGCGACCCCCAACGACCAGUCGUGCAUCGGACCUAACAGCCUCACACGCCAACUAGUCUCUCCUGAGUGUAUCCAGCUGCUGGUAAAUGCGAUGCUGAAGGGCGGUAACCCGCUAACUGUGGGCGUUGGGAUCGUGAUUGAGGUCAUUCGCAAGAAUAACUCGGACUAUGACCCGGAGAAUAUGGGCAGCCCUGAAUCCCUGCCUAGUCCUUACGACCCAAUCUACCUUGGCCACUUACUUCGAACGUUCGCCAAGCACAUUCCCGAUUUCAUGGCUCUGAUCCAAAGCUCAAAGCACGCUGUCCAUGAUGGUACUCAGCUGAAGUCUGUCGACCGAGGCCGUCUGAGCUCCGCAUGGGGCGCAACAAUCGAGCCCCUAGGCUUUGAUCGUUUCAAGACUUGCGAGUUGAUGGCGGAGUUGCUGCACUGUAGUAACAUGGGCCUUCUCAAUGAGCCUGGCAGUGAUGAAUAUGUCCGGCAACGCAACGAGGAGCGUGUGAGACUGAUUCGCGAGGGAUUCUUCAACCCCCACCGCGAGGAGCAUGAGGGUCUGGAAUACAACGAUACCGCAGACUUCACAAAUGACUCGGUUAUGGCUACCGGAUCGCCUGAGGCUCGCAAGGCUGUAUUGCAAGGUGCUGGUGAAGAGGAGGGCUUUGAGGACGUCGGUGCCUCUGAUGAUCUGGCAGGUGAGAAGGAAGAGGGCAAAGCGGAAGCUUCACAGACAUCUGCUGCUGAGUCUGUCCCUACCGAAAAGACCGAGACCGAGACCGGUGCUCCGUCUCCACCUACUGGUCUCGCGGACCAGGUCGGCGAAAUUAAGCUUGAGAGCGAAUCUCAAGAGAAUGAAGCAUCCGCGUCAGACCAGAAAGACCAGGAACCAGUCUCGGCCCAGCCGGAGGAUGUGCCAGCCCCUCUUUUCGCUUCAAAGGAACAGCCCACGGAAGCUGAAUCCGCCCAGGAAACCGAAACAGCUAACGAUGGGGGUGCCGAAGAUGCCGCGGAGCAGUAUAUCCAGUACGACACAGAUGGACAACCCGUGGUCGGAGAUUAUUUGAAGAUCCAGUUCGUCGAGAACAAGGUCGUUCCCACGAUACUGGGCUUCUUCUUCCGAUUCCCGUGGAAUAACUUCCUUCAUAAUGUUGUGUACGACGUGGUCCAGCAGGUUUUCAACGGCCCCAUGGAACGUGGCUACAACCGUGCCCUGGCCAUUAACGUAUUUGAACACGGCCAGGUCACGAAUGCCAUCGUCGAAGGCCAGAAGCGUAGCGACGAGGCCCAAAAGACUAAGCAGAUCCGCCUUGGCUACAUGGGCCAUCUUACCCUGGUAGCGGAAGAAGUCGUUAAGUUCAGCGAACGCCACCCACCUGAGUUGCUUUCGCGUUCCGUCAUGGAAGCAGUACUGAACCCGGACUGGAUCGACUAUGUCGAGCAAACCCUCUCCGAAACCCGGGAACGGGAUAACGCCAUUCUGGGCGGCGUGCGUCCAGACAUGGCUGUUGGGCCUCGGCAGACGGUCAUCAGCUCUGGUCAAGGCUUCAGCAGCAAUUCUUCUAACGCGCUAGCUGAAGCCGGACUUAAUGGUGGUGCCGGCGGUUCUUCCUUCCAAGGCUUCGACCUUAACCAGGGCAGUGUCUCUGGAGGGGCAUUCGGCGGUGGAGGGUCCUCUCUCCUGAGCGGCUUUGCUAGCUCGAGCGAUGAUGACGAGGAUGAAGAAAUGGAGGACCAGGAUGAACGAGACGCGGGCAUUGUUGAAGGCGAUUCUGAGAAUGUGACCUCGAACUCUGUUAGCCAGCCCAUUCCCAUUUUACCACCGCCCCCGGCUCCUUUGAGCCUUGGUCCUUCUCGAGCUCGACGCCAGCUGGCAGCACGUCUUGCGGCCCAAAAGCAGCAAGCAAGUGAGAAUGCAGACGGCGAAGAUGACGAGGAAAGAAUUGACGAUGAUGACCGCCAUGAAUCCGAAUGGCCUAGUAACCCAUUCGUGAUUGCAGGAGUUGACGACGAGGGCGAAGGCGGCUCGGCGUUCCCCAACUCCGAUUUCCCGGCCAGCGCAGAUAGGGCCUCUCCCACGUUCCCCGAGUCGGGUUUCAGCCCACCCGACUCACUGUCCAACUCAUCCGACGAGGAUGGGGACGAUCGUUCAGAAGCCGUGCGAAGGAAUGUCCGCGUGCCCCUCGAAGUGGAAGAUGAAGACGAUGAGAUGGGCGAGAUGGUCGGACCCAGUGCCACUGGGAUGGUCGACUCAGAUGACGAAGACGAAGCCAUAAUCAAUGAGUCAUUGGGUUAUUCCAACUUGCCGGGCCAGACACGCUACAGCGGUUUCCGCCGACCACGGGCCGUGAGCUCCCAUUUCGAUGACGACCAAAACGACAGCAGUGACGGCGAAGAUGAUGGGUUAGUAGAGAUCUUAGUCCCAGGCCGCAAAUCCUCAACCUCCAACUAG